AUGUCCGAUCAGGAUGCCUGGGUUAUUCAAAAGACAAUCAUGCAGACCGAGUUUCCCUUUAUUGUGCUUAAGUCACUGCAGUUUGCCCUCUUCCGCACAUAUGGCAUUCCGACAAUAUCCACACUGCUCCUGAAGACAUCACAGUUAUCAGACUCUACAAUAUCAUUCAAAAGAUAUGCCGACACAGGCACACUGAUCGGCGAAUUCAUGACUUUCGACCCACGCUCCGAGCGAGCGCGGACAGCAAUAGCCCGAACCAAAUUUCUGCACAAGGGCUACAGAGCUAGCGGCAAGAUCAUGGAAGCUGACAUGUUAUACACACUGAGCUUAUUCGCUCUCGAGCCAAUCCAGUUUGUGAAACAAUUCGAGUGGCGCGAGAUGACUGAAAUGGAACGAUGUGCUGUCGGGACAUUCUGGAAGAGCCUCGGUGAUGCGUUGGAAAUCAAUUAUGAUGCUUUGCCCUCUGGAAAGACUGGCUUCCAAGAUGGGAUUCACUGGCUGGGGGAGAUUGGUGCAUGGAGCCAGCAAUACGAAAUCCAGCACAUGAAGCCACACCCCCGCAACAAGGAGCUUGCGGAAAAGACGAUUGACGUGCUGGUAUAUAACUUGCCAAAUUUCUUGAAGCCGUUGGCUAGAUACUUCGUGUCAUAUCUGAUGGGAGAUCGAUUGCGGACCGCGAUGAUGAUGGAAGAACCACCUGCAUUUUUCAGCGGCAUACUUGCGUUGAUAUUCAAACUCCGCCAACUAUACCUGCGAUACCUAUCACUGCCACGCCCAGACUUCUUGCGCUUGAACGCUUUCACCGACAAACCGAAUAAGCACGGCCGCAACUGGGUGUUGAUAUACGACGGAGCUCCAUUCUAUGUGCAGCCCACAAUCUGGAACCGCUGGGGGCCGAUGGCAUGGUUUAAAUGGGCACUUGGACAUCCUUUGCCUGGUGAUGACGGGGACAAAUAUUACCCACAGGGCUAUCGCACCGAUGAUCUGGGACCGAAGUAUUUUGAGGGCAAGGGGUACAGGGAAUUGGAGGGUUUCAAGGAGACUCUUCGUCGGCAGCGGAUGGGACAGUGUCCAUUUCCAUGA